AAUUGAGGGAGGGUCUCGUAAACAACAACGUUUGUAGCGUGCAAGGAAUGCAGUGUUCGCCUGCUACCGCGCUGAAGUCCGCAUGUCUAAUAUGAACGCUUUUAUAUUUUUAUACAUAAUAAACUUGUUUUAUAAAAUAUUUUAACCCUAGCCUAACUUUUAUUCACUCGACACUGUGUUUACUCACUUAACGUUUGACUGAGUUUCAGUACAGGCGCGACGUCGGGCAGCUCUUUCCUGUUACCAGGCCAAUUGAGGCGCAACAUGGCGGCAUCGGGGAACGACGAGGAUCCCCAAGUGCAAGAGAUGGAGGAGGAAGAAGAGGAGGAGACGGCAGGACAGGAACGAGAGAUGGAGUCCGAAGAUGAAGGGGAAAUGGGAGUAGAAGGUACCAAUGAGGACGACGAUGAAGAAGAUUCCUCUGAUGACGAUAAGGAGAAUGAAGCGGAGAUCCAGCGUUUAGAAGAACAGCUUUCUAUCAAUGCUUACGACUACAAUUGCCACGUGGAUUUGAUUAAACUGCUACGGCAGGAAGGGGAGCUGGUGAGGCUGCGACGGGCACGGCAGAAGAUGAGCGAGCUCUUUCCUUUAACAGAAGAAAUUUGGUUGGAUUGGCUGCGAGAUGAGAUGCGUGUAGCAGAAGACGAAGACGACCGAGAAAAAGUCUGUGAGCUCUUUGAGAAGGCAAUCAAAGAUUAUAUAUGUCCUGAAGUGUGGCUGGAGUAUUCGCAGUAUUCAAUUGGGGGCAUUGGAAAGCCUGGGGGUAUUGACUCGGCUCGUGCCAUAUUUGAAAGCGCUCUGACUGCUGUUGGCUUACACAUAACCAAGGGGGCUUCUAUCUGGGAGGCCUACAGGGAAUUUGAGAAUGUCAUUCUGCAAGCUACACAACCUCCUCCUGGUAGUAUUCCUACCCAAGAGCAACAGAAAGCUCUCAAUUCCCAGAUGGAACGAAUCCACACGAUCUUCCGUCGACAGUUGGCUAUCCCAUCCUUUGCUAUGGAGACUACGUACACCGAGUAUGAAGAAUGGUCAGAGAAGCCUGUCCCAGAUACAGUUGUGCUUAAUUAUAAAAAAGCUCUGCAGCAGAUGGAGAAAUCCAAGCCGUUUGAAGAAGCUUUGUUGGUUGCUGAUUCUCCAAAGCUUGCAGAAUAUCAGUCUUAUAUUGAUUACGAAAUGAAAGAAGGAGAUCCAGCUCGGAUUCAAAUCAUCUUUGAGCGUGCUCUGUCAGAGAACUGCCUUGUCCCUGACCUAUGGGCCAAAUACACGCAGUAUCUUGAUCGGCAGUUGAAGAUUAAAGAUAUGGUACUUUCAGCCCAUGAGCGUGCUGUCCGAAACUGUCCAUGGACUAUAGGGCUGUGGAAGAAUUACCUUUUAGCCCUAGAGAGACACGGAUCUGAACAUAAAACUGUGUCAGAUACCUUUGACAAAGCAAUAAAUGCGGGAUUUAUCCAGGCUACAGACUAUGUUGAUAUUUGGCAGGCGUACCUUGACUAUCUAAGGAGACGAGUGGAUUUUAGUAAAGAGUCAUCAAAGGAAUUAGAAGAGCUAAGGUCAACUUAUGCCCGGGCUCUGGAGUACAUUAAACAAGAUGUGGAAGAGCGGUUCAGCGAAAGUGGGGAUCCCUCCUGUACUAUAAUGCAGAACUGGGCAAGAAUCGAGGCGUCACACUGCAAAAACAUCCAGAAAGCUAGAGAAUUGUGGGAUAGCAUCAUGACCAAAGGAAAUGCAAAGUACGCCAACAUGUGGCUGGAAUAUUACAACCUCGAGAGGUCUCACGGUGACGUGCAGCACUGCCGGAAGGCGUUGCAUCGAGCUGUGCAAUUUACCUCCGAUUACCCAGAGCAUGUUUGCGAGGUCUUGUUGGCUUUUGAGAGAGUAGAAGGUACUCUGGAAGACUGGGAUACAGCCAUACAGAAAAUGGAGGUCAAGCUCAACAGAGUUAAUGAACAAAGAGCAAAGGUGGCCGAGAAGGAAGCACAGUUUGCGAAACAAGAAGAAGAAAAAGCUGAACAAAGGAGGAAGGCUAAGGCUGACAAGAAAGCCCAGAAGAAGGCUCAGAAGAGCGGCCGGGCUGGCGAAAAACACAAAGCUGAGGAAGAGGAGGAGGAAGAAGAUGAAUGGGGGGUAGAAACAGAUGUGCACUCUGGUGUAACAUUUCAAGAACAACCCAGAAAGAAGCACAAAGGUGAGAAAGAUCCCAGCGCCAUGGAAGGAGCAGAAGAUGCAGCCAUGGAAACUGAGGUCGGGUUGCAUGGGCGUAAGUCAGAGACUCCAGCUGCCCAGAAAUCGAGAGCUGUGGCUGCGGCUGCCAAGCAGGUUCAACAAGUGGUCCAUGACAGCCGCAAGGACAACGUGACAGUCUUUGUCAGCAACCUGUCCUUCAGCUUGGAGAAUCUAGAAGAGAAGCUGAAGGAGAUUUUCGAAGGCUGCGGUCCCGUGGAGCAGAUCCGACCUAUCUACAAGAGAGGGAUGUUCCGCGGAUACUGCUAUGUGCAGUUUGAGAACCAGAACUCUGCAGCGGAGGCACUAAAGCUUGACCGCAAGGAGAUUGAAGGGCGGCCCAUGUUUGUUUCUCCUUCUGUAGAUAAGAGCAAGAACCCAGACUUCAAGGUAUUUAAAUACAGCACUUCCAUGGAGAAGCAUAAAAUCUUCAUUUCCGGCUUGCCGUUUUCAUGCACUAAAGAGCAGCUCGAGGAGAUGUGCAAGGAACAUGGCAUCAUCAAAGACAUCCGACUGGUCACUAACAGGUCCGGCAAGCCCAAGGGCCUGGCGUACGUGGAGUUUGAAAACGAUUCUCAGGCUUCGGGUGCAGUUCUGAAAAUGGACGGCAUGGUGUUUCAGGAUCACACCCUUAAAGUGGCAAUCAGUAAUCCACCACGGAGGAACCUGCCUGAACAGCCAGACACCAGCAAACCCCAAGGAUCUCUGAUUCCUCGACAAGUUUAUGGCGCAAGAGGAAAAGGCCGCACACAGCUGUCUCUGCUCCCGUGGUCGCUGCAUCGGCAGAGUGUUCUGGAAACCAAGGCAGAGAAUGGCACUGUGCAGGGACAACUGGAAAAGAGUGGGCUGGAGCCGCUGGAAGCUCCAGCACUCAAGCCAAUGUCCAAUGCAGACUUUUCCAGAAUGUUAUUGAAAAAGUAGCAUUUGGGGGGGGGCUUGGGAAGGGGGUUUGUUAUUAUGGGGUUGGGGGUGGUGCUUAUGCUGACUGGAACAAGGAGGAGGAAGAAAUCUGCCUUUAAUGGAAGCCAUUUUGUGUCCUUAAAAAGAAAAAUUGUAUGCUCUGUAAAUAUGUUUCAAUUCCUAUAGCCAGCUGUAUAAAGUGAGCCUUAAUGGUCGAGUGGGUGGGCACAGAGAGAAGGGGCAAACAUCUGGGAUGUGGGAUGGCUGAUUUUUUUUAUGUCGUUGGUCGGGGGCAUUGGUUUGUUAACUAUUUCAUUGGUAGGAGUUCUGGACAUUUCGGUUGUUCAAAUAUUCUUAUCGGAGGUUUUUAAACAUUUGUCACUUUCAGAAAUGUCUGAAUGAAAAUGAAGCAAUUCUGUUAAAUGGGGGAGGGUCAGGGUGAGUAGAGUCAACCCACCUGGAUGUGGGAGAGGUUUGGGUCAUUCAGGCUUUACCCUCAUUUUAGUUUUACCAGGUUCAAAGUUAGGAAUAGCGUGUGUAUAAGAAAUGAAUAUAUAAUAAUGUAUGUAUACACACUCGAUAUAUGCGUCCACCUGUCUCACAAGUUCUUGCUCCUGCAUGGCCACAAACGCUGUGUUUGGAUGUUGUCUUCUAGCUCCCAUUGCCAAGAUCACACACUGUAUAUACAUUAUGAGAGCUAGGGAGUGGGCGCUGCCAUAUGGCGCUCAAGGCUCUUUUGUGCCCCAUAGUGGCAGUGGUUAACUUCCACUAGGCCAGCUGAUCACGUCUUCUUUCUUAGUAGAACUCUACAGACGCUGGACCCAUGAGGUGCUUUGUCGCCAUAGCCAUAGGACUUUUCCAGUAUUGCAUUGAAUGUUGUGCUUUCUUCCUGUCCUUAUCUGAACCUUGGCCAUCAUACGAUGUGUGAGGUCAGUUAUUCUUUUCCUCAGAUAUGCACUAUAGUUAAGCCUCAUACAUUGAAAAAUGUUUGAAAGCAUAAAAUGUUUCAACACUGCUGUGCUGCAUAAAGAAAUCUCUUUCCAUUCUCCAGCGCUCUUGGGUUUGUCCAUUCCACUGUCCGUAUGACGUGAAGAGCCGCUUGGCGCUCAGGUCCGCCAGAUAAACACUAACGGCGAUCCGUUUUCAGCUCUGAGGAUGGGCUUGUCUGAACUCCACGUGAUGACCGAGGAGGUUGUCGGCGCCCCCUCUAUGCGGUCAGGUGUGUUUGCACUUGGCACCUAUUGGGGGGUAGGCUGCUGCUGACAACCAUGAGAUCUCUCAUAUUGAGGGGCUUUUAUUUGAACUCUUUUAUCUCGUGUCCCUGCUCCAGGUUUACAAUCUUAAAUAUUGCACCAGUAGGAGUCUCAUCAAGGGUCCAUUUAGGUUUUUGUAUGUUCAAACCUAGCAUGGAUGCCAUUUUUCUUUUGGAAUUAAGCCGUUGUGUUAGAGGUGGUCUUUUCUGAGGUUCACAGUUAAGCCAUACCAUUUCUUUUUGAUUGUUUUACGAGUUUGUGUUUUACAGAGCGGUUUGAUGUUCACAUCACAUGUGAUAGUAGAUUUUAUAUGGUUUUUUUGUAUGUUUCUAAAUGACUCAAAUUUAAAAACAAGCUAGCAGUUUUUUUUUUCUUCUCACCGCAGUGGCCUCUAAUAGAAAAUGGAAAAAAAAAAGUUACUAUGCUUUGUCUGUUCCUGAUGUCUCGUAAAACGUUGUUGAAAUUGUACUCUUUUUGUAUACACAUGUUGCUCUGUUUUAUUGUGUUCACUCAAUUAGGAGAUGUACUGGAAGCUGUAAUUACACGACUCUUUUAAAGAAA